AAGAGAUAAGUGUCCCAGGAGAUCAGUUGUUAACAAAGAGAUAGAUAGAUUGAUAGGGAAGGUCUUUCUGCAUCUAGAGAUUGAUUGUCCUACUAAGAUGAAGAGCUGCAAUGAAUGGAAACCCUUUUUUGCAAUGAUUUCAAUUGAAUUUGCUUUUUCCAUUGUGAAUAUUCUUCUUAAGAAAGUCCUUGACCAAGGCAUGAAGGAUUUGGUUUUUAUCACAUACCGCCUCUCCAUCUCUACCAUUUUCUUAGCUCCAAUCGGCUACUUUUGGGAAAGGAACAACAGACCAAAGCUCACACUUCGCAUCUUGUGUUACCUAUUCUUCAGUGCAAUUGUGGGGACUUCAUUAACCCAAUACUUUUUUCUUCUUGGAAUUCAAUACACAUCUGCAACAAUUGCAUGUGCCUUCAUCAAUGUGGUUCCUGUGCUCACAUUUCUGAUGGCACUACCGUUUGGGUUAGAGAAUGUGAACAUAAAACGCAGCAGUGGAAGAGCCAAAGUAAUUGGCACCCUGGUGUGUAUUGCCGGGGCUAUGAUGCUGACCCUGUACAGAGGAAUGCCUUUGUUCAGCCAUUCACACAUUCAACCUGCAACAUCAACCAUGAAUGGUGUUAAGGAGAUGCACUCUGCCAGAAGAACUGAGAGAUGGACCCUUGGAACAAUUGCUUUGACAGUAGGAACCAUCUUGUGGUCUUCAUGGUUUCUUAUUCAAACAAACAUAAGCAAGAGAUAUCCCUGCCAAUAUUCAAGCACUGCCAUCAUGUCCUUCUUCGGGGCCAUUCAGUCAGCCAUCUUGUGUUUGAUCACCAGUAGGAAUUUUUCCAUCUGGGUUCUCAAAGGGAAUAUGGAAAUUAUAGCAAUCCUUUAUGCUGGAAUGAUAGGAUCUGGCUUGUGCUUUGUGGGAUUGUCAUGGUGUGUGAAGAAGAAGGGUCCUGUUUUCACAGCAGCCUUUAGCCCUCUUGUUCAGAUAUUGGCAGCCAUGUUUGAUAUUCCAUUCUUGCAUGAGCAACUCCAUCUUGGAAGUCUGUUGGGGUCAAUCAUUGUGAUUAUUGGUUUGUACAUACUUUUGUGGGGCAAGAAAAAGGAAAUGCAGAACUGUGCUAUCAAAGUAGCUCAAGAACAAGCUGAAGAAAUCAAGCAACAAGAGCCACAGUUGCAGGUCCUCACUGUCUCUACUGAUUCAGAUUGUCCUCGAAACCAAGUUUCUUGAUAAGUUUUUCUGUAGAAAACAAAAAAAAAAAAGUAUUCCAUGUUACUACAGAUUGAACUUUAUGGCAUUUGGAUAGUUGUUUGUUAAUAAACUCAGUUUGUAUACUUUUUCAAUGUCUCUCAUUCAAUCUGCCCACAAAAUAAAAGUUAAUACAGCAGUUUGCAAAGUUCUAGCGUUA